AUGGCAACCACGACAGGGGCGAGUGCCGGGGGCGCGAGGAAGAUGAUGUGUGGCGUCGAUGGCAACACCUUUCGACGCGUCCUCCUCGCGAGGGCAGCCUUCCGAGGCGUGGUCUUUGGAGGCCUGUUGUACCUCGGCGCCACCACGCUCGACCGCAUCAAGCGCCUGGAGGACUCGAAUGCUGCCAUGGCGCUCAAGCUGGACACGGUCAACAAGGAAGAUGUGCGUGUUUCUGUGAGCCGAUGUGACAAGAUUCAUGCGCUAUAA